AUGCACGCACCAACACCUGCCCCCUUCAGAGCCCUCGUCCAGGGUUCUAGCGCAAGACUCCUCUUUCGAAAGUGCCUAAACAGUGGCUUCAGGCCCUCAAUAUUGGAUAUUGGGUUGCGAGGAAACUCGGCUUCAAUCUAUAGCCAGAAUAGCCAUGACCAGGGACGAAACUUCUCUAUUACCUCCCCAGCAAGGCUAAAGGAGUUCUUUGCUGCACCAAAACAAACAAAACGAAUAGUCGAGACUGAGUCGGCAUUCGAACACCCUGUCUUCACCCAAAAACAAAUGAAAGAUAUCAUAGUCGCCCAUAGAGAGACAAAAAACUGGUCGGACUGGGUUGCCCUGGGUACCGUACGUCUGCUACGAUGGGGAACUGACCUGGCUACCGGCUAUAGACACCCAAAACCAGGCGAACCAGCACCAUCCAAGCACUUCCAGAUGAACGAACGAAAAUGGCUUAUCCGCUUUGUUUUCCUGGAGACAGUGGCAGGCGUCCCUGGAAUGGUUGGCGGAAUGCUUCGGCACCUUCACAGCUUAAGGAAGAUGAAACGUGACAAUGGCUGGAUUGAGACACUUCUCGAAGAAGCAUACAACGAACGCAUGCAUCUUCUUACCUUCCUCAAACUUGCUGAACCAGGCUGGUUUAUGAGGCUCAUGGUACUCGGCGCUCAAGGCGUUUUCUUCAACGGUUUCUUCCUCUCCUACCUUAUCUCGCCACGAACGUGCCAUCGAUUCGUUGGUUACCUAGAAGAAGAAGCUGUUUUGACAUACACACAUGCCAUAAAGGACUUGGAAGCCGGUAAACUACCGGCUUGGACAGAUUUGCCGGCGCCAGAUAUUGCCAUUAAAUACUGGAACAUGCCAAAAGGAAACCAGAAAAUGGUUGACUUGCUCUACUAUAUCAGGGCUGAUGAGGCCAAACACCGAGAGGUCAACCAUACACUGGCUAAUCUGAACCAAAAGAUCGAUCCCAAUCCUUAUGCUGCCAAGUAUGAGAAUCCGGAAAAGCCUCAUCCUACUAAAUCUGCCGAAAUUGUCAAACCUACCGGUUGGGACCGACAGGAUGUCAUCUAG